AUGGUGUCCCUAACGCCAGCUUCGGCGGACGCGGCCGUCUCGGAGCGUCGUCUGCUCUGGAAGAUCGACCUGCUCCUCAUGCCCCUCAUGACCAUCGCCUACGGUCUCCAGUUCUACGACAAGGCCAUCCUCGCCUCUGCGUCCAUCUUUGGCAUCCUCAAAGACCUCGAGCUUUCCGUCGUCCACCCUGGCCCUCCCAAAAGCACUUCCCUCGAACGUUACUCGACCGCUACGUCCGCCUUCUACUGGGGCUACCUCGUCGCCGCUUUGCCCAUGGCGUUGCUCGUCCAGCGCUUUCGCCCCAACGUCUUCCUCGGAUGCGCCAUCGUACUUUGGGGUGCCAUUGUCAUCCUCACACCUGCCAUCAGCAGCUGGAGAGGCUUGAUCGCGCAGCGCUUCUUCUUGGGUGCCAUUGAGAGCGCCGUCAGCCCUGGCUUUGUGCACAUCACUCGAUCCUGGUACAAGCGCUCUGAACAGCCGCUGAGGUUGGGCAUCUGGUACUCUGCCACUGGCCUCUUCUCCAUUUUCUCCGCUUUGGUCAACUAUGGAUUGGGCAAAGUCGGUAGCAGGCCAGGUGCCCAUUUGCACGCUUGGAAGUACAUGUUUUUAUUCGCGGGAAGUCUCACCAUCGUGUUCGGUGGUGUGCUGUUGCUGCUUUUGCCCUCGUCGCCUAUCGGCGAUGCUCUGCUCAAAAUUCCCGGAUACAAUCGCUUUUCGCCAGAGGAAAAGAGUCUGGCGGCCGGUCGUUUGCGUUCCAACAUAACAGGCGAGGUAGACGAGGACGACACUUCCACUCUUCGCGCAAGCUCGACCCACGCACGCAAGGAGGAUACGUUUGACGACGAAUCCACUGCUCCUGCCGAGGGUAUUGCUGCUGACGAGGCGCUGCCCUCCACGCCAUUGCCCACGAGCGGCCUCAAGGACAAGCUGGCCUCGCUAAACGUGUCUGCCUCGACCUCUGGUGUUCGUCAACGCUGGAAUGUUGCGCAGAUCAAAGAGGCAUUGAUGGAUUACAAGGUCUACCUCUUCUUCCUCCAAGCCAUCAGCAUCUACAUCUGCAACGGAGGCGUGACAGCAUUCGGCGCCUACAUCAUCAAGUCGUUUGGCUAUUCGUCGAUCCGAUCCAUCAUCCUCCAGACUCCCGGUGGCGCGACGACAGCUAUCUCGAUCUACAUCUCCACCAUCAUCGUGCUCAAGGUCAAGAACUCGCGUUCCAUCUUGCUCAUCCUCACGUGCCUGCCCGUCAUCGCGGGUGCAGCCAUGAUUUGGAAAGGCAACUGGAGCAACCGCGCCGUCCCGCUAGCAGGCUACUACCUGCUGCCCAUUUUCGGUGCGCCGUUCGUGCUGAUGCUCUCGCUGAGCACGGCGAAUGUGGCGGGUGCAACAAAGCAGUCGAUCACGUCGGCCUUUGUGUUUGCGGGGUACAACGUGGGCAACAUCAUUGCUCCUUACCUCACGCUGGCUUCAGAAGCGCCCAUUCACUACCGUCGGACGUUUGUCGCCAUCAUCAGCUGCAUGGCGAUUACGAUUGCGCUGACGUUGAUUUUGGAUGCGGGACUGUGGUGGCAGAACCGAAGCAGGAGGCAGGCGAGGCAACAGGAGGCCAAGAGCAAGGACGAGGUCGACGAGAUCAAGAAGCGUGCGAUUCUCGAGGACUGGACCGAUUGGCAGAAUCCCUACUUUGAGUAUGCUUUCUGA